AUGGCGGUUUACAUGAUAAUCAUAGCAGGAGUGGAUCUUUACUACAGGGGGGUGUACGCGACGUUUGCAGAGGUUUGGAAAACCAGUUUCCUUUGCAGUUUCGCCGGCUCUAUCGCCACAUUAUCAAGCGAAUGCUCGGUAUUCAUCUUGAUGCUUAUGAGUGUUGAUCGUGCAAUUAUGAUAGUUUAUCCGUACAGUAGCAUUCGACUCAAUCGCAAAAAUUGCAUUAAAAUUGUCGGUAUUGCCUGGGCGGUCGUUAUUUUUAUCAGUUUCCUCCCAAUGUUCAACCAUAUAAGCUUCAUCAACAUACCGUACUUCGGAGGUAACUACUAUGGACGGCAAAGUGUUUGUCUGGCACUACCGCUGACAAGAGACCGAUUACCAGGCUGGGAAUACGCCAUAUCGAUUUUUAUCGCCUUCAACCUCUUUGGAUUCGUCGUCAUCGCAGUGAGUUAUAUUUCAAUUUACAUAUGCGUAAAGAGAAAAGCAUCGAGGGUUAAAAGAAGUCGGAGGCGCGCAAGGGAGAUUAAGAUGGCAACCAAGAUGGCAAUGAUCGUCCUAACUGAUUUCUGUUGCUGGUUUCCGAUUAUCUUGAUGGGAAUUGGAUCCGAAGUUGGUGCAUGGAAACUCCCAGCCGACAUAUAUGCCUGGUCAGCGACCUUUAUUUUGCCUAUUAACUCCUCUCUCAACCCAUACCUUUAUACAAUCGCUUAUAAGUGUGACAACAAGAAAAAGUCACCGACACAGGUCGCGAUAGAAAUGCGUUCAGUACGGUCCAGACCUUUGCCACCGUAG